UGUUGCAAAUUUGCAACACUAUGCAUUUAAGGGUUAAGGGUUGCUUUCUACUUUGAAUUCAUCUUUUGAUUUAUUUGACUUCCGCUUAUAUAACUUCCUUAAUUUGAAGCAUCGCAUGCGGAUGAUUGAAGCAUUCUUUUUUCUUUUUUAAUGUAGUUUCUUAUAUUCUGAACAAUAUUAACAGUUCUACCAUAGUUAUUGUUAUUACUAUAUAGUUCAUAUUUUUACUAUAGUUGACACUUAUAAUUUUGACUGUACAUAAAAUCCUAGCUGCUAUACACCUUUUCUCCACACUUACCACUUCUCUUUGUAACUUUAAUACUUGCCGCUGUCUCUCUUGUUCAGCUCAAUGCUGAUCGAACUUAAAAUUUUAUCAUAUAUAUUGAAAUUAAUAUCAAAAUUUUGUCACAUAUAUUCAGUUCAUAUCACAUAUACUCGUUGAAAACGCGGUUUAUAUCACAUUAUACAGCUUUAUAUAACAUGCACGCUAUGUUCUUUGCAAGUUGAACAAGCGUCCUGCCGACAAACAUACAUUCACAAGCCAGAAAAUAACAAAAUUCUGCUAAUUCCUACCGGCAACGAAAUUCUCUUAUCCCUAUGAUUCUCUUAAUUCUCUUAAGUCGGCUGAUCUGCAAGAUGUUAGCUCCAGGAUCGAAAUUCGACGCGAUAUUAUGAAAAAUUGAUACCGUCGGCAUGUUAAACUUUAAAAUUGACACUGCGGACUCAAAACUGAGAAAUCUCGAAAACGUGCUAGCCAAUCCUCAACAUCGUGUGCGGAUCGUGCAACUACUACUACUGCUGAUGAACUUGCAAUGUACGUAUUCCUUGGACUUCGAAUACGCCGUUGAGGAUUCUGGAUGUAAAUCUCAAGCAACGUGUUGAGAAGACUUGCGGAAUUUAUAAUUAAACGAUUUAACAAUUAAACGAUAGCAAAAUGACGAAAAAUUUAUUAAUUUAGAGCUAUCAAAUAUUCAAGAAAACAUUUAUUUUAUUAUAUUAUUAUAUUUCCCCUCCCCCCUCUCAUUCUCUUCAUCAUCUUUGGCUUUAAUAUGUUGUGUUUGGCAGUAGAGUGUUAUUCAUUACAAGAUCCACCGAUAAAUCCUUAUUUCUGUUCACAGAUUUAUAACAACCGCCUUAAUUUUCAUAUCAGUUUGAAUAAUUUAUGCGAUCCCGGUAUAUACAUUCGAGUUUGCAGAACGCACGUAGUUUGAAUAUUCAUUUGUGUACGGUGUGUACAUGCUUGAUCCGGCUUCGGAUUGGUGUCGUCUCGUGGAUUUGUUUCCUACUUCCUAUUUGUUUUCUUCGGCGUAUUAACGCGCAGCUGACAUCCAAUAGAAAACUUGUUUUUCAGUUCGAUUUUCAUAGAAUAGAAAUUUUCUCAUUGGAUGUCAGAUGCGUCGAGGAGAAAGUGUUCGAACGAAUGUGGUAAAUUGCAAAACUAACGUUCUUUCGUUACGAUCAUCUUAGUGUUUGUUGUUUAGUUCCUUUCACUUGUAUGCGCAGAAUUAACAAAAAAUGCUGUUAUUAUAAUUCUGAUUUUAUCGCAGUUUUUAUUUUCAUUUUCCUCACUUAAUCAGGCCUGCUCAACCCGGGGGUCGCAUUAUUUUUCAUGGCGCCGUUUCCAGAUGAUUUACACUGCUAAAUUGCAGGUGCAAUUCACUAAAAGACGCCCCGUGAGGCUUCGGAGCGUUCCUUUCUUUUUUUCUAUACACGGGAUACAUGACGUCGCAUUGUGUACGCAGGUAGCAUGCUCUUCUAGUGUUUUCUACCCUCUGGUAUGACAAUAGCACAAGUCAGCUGACGGUGCACACGGCCGCUGGCCUCGGGUUGGUUUAGUCUACGCCUCUCUGUUAACUUCCGCUCGUGGUUGCGUUCUUAGGUAUUUCACUUCCGACUUCUGUGUCCCUUUAUCUCGCUUCAUCGAUGCCGAUAAUCAUCGAUAUCUGUUGAACUUUGUUCAGUGAAUCAACGGUAUAUUACACGCGCGCUGCACUCUCUUCCCAUCGCGUCCUGCCGUUAUACACGCUCGUCUUUGUGCGUCUUGUGGCAACACCACGUGGAAACGGACGGUAUAUUAUACUCACAAUCGAACGAACUUGAAACGUGAUCGAGUGAGGUCUUCCGACAACAGUAAAUAUUAUGAUAGUGCCGUGGAGCUUACAGACUGAGUCCAUGCACUGAUUAUCUCUGUGCAGGACUAUCUUCCACGCAGACGAGCUCAGCUGCUUCUCAGACAGCCAUAUUGGUCUUAACAUCGGCGAAGAAGCAUCCGACGUCGUUGACUCGUGACACGUGCGUAUCACCCUUCAACGUGGAAAUCCACCCGCUGAAGUGAAAAAUGGAAGGACACGAUAAUGCGCGCUAUGCGGGGAGCGCGAUUAAUACGGAGAGCCAGGAUAGCGGUUCGAGUCAAAGUGAAAUACCUGUAAUACAGUUGAUACCACAGUCACGAUUGCAGUCACAAUCGCAGUCGGUAUUGCGAGCACAGUCGCUAUUGCUGUCUCGGUCGGCGCGUGUUAUCACACCCUCGUCCGCUCAGCAUUCCGCGAACGUUCAACAAGCUGAAAUCGCCCAACAAGCCGCAAACGUUCGACAGGUUACAGAUAUCCGACAAUUUGCGAAUAUUCAACAAGUUGCGAACGGCCAGCAAACUGCAAGUACUCGACCAGUCACUAACGUUCAACGAUCUGGAAAUUUUCAACAAAUUUCAGAUAUUUUGCGAGUUGCAAGAAUCCUACGUUCCGGAAAUAAUCAGUCAGCUGAAAACGUUCAACAACCAACGAGCGCUCAACAAUCGCCGCGUAUUCUGUCAGUUGCGAACGCUGAGCAAUUUAUACACGUCCGACAGUCUGCAGGUAACGGACAGUCCGCGAACGUGCGACAAUGCGCGAUCAUUGGGCCAUCCGUCCGUGCUCAACAAGUUGGACAAUUGGCAUACGUUCGACAACCCGCAGGCGUCACGAAACGUACAAGCACUCGGCAACGUCCGAUCACAGUUACAUCGCUUACAAACAUUAUACAGUCUCUGAAGGAUCAACCUCCGAGCGAGCAAUCUUCAAGCGGUCAAUCUCCAUGCGAUCAGUAUUCAAGCGAUCAAUCUUCAAACAAUCAACCUUCGAGCGGACAGUCUUCGAGCGGACAAUCUUCGAGCGGACAAUCUUCGAGCGAUCAACCUCCGAGCGAUCAAUCUCCGAGCACUCAACGAUCUGCGAGUGCUCUGCGAGCCGUAAGUGCCCGGCAAUCAACGAACGUUGUGCAAGUCGCAAAAGUUCAAAAACCUACGAGAGAUCGGGUCAUCGUGGGAAACGUGAUACCACUGUCAGGAUCACAGUUGCAGAAACUCGUGGCGGACGCGAAACUCAAGCAAGACGGUACGGGGCGUACGGGAGUGCGUUUGCACAACAAUAAACAUGUGAAAUUUAUCUACAAGCCCAAUGUUUUACAAAGCUUGACUCAACGUCCCGGGCAACCGAUGAACAUGCCUGGCAUGCAGAACAAAAUGCCAGGUAUGGGUAUGAUGCCAGCGCAAACUGGCGGUCCGAUGAGCCACAUGGGUCCCAUCCAGACCAUGCAGAACAGUCCUAUGCUAGGCCAGAUGGGCCAAAUGGGACAAGGGAGUAUUCCUCAACAAAUGAAUCAGAUGGUGCCAGGACAGAUGGGUCAGUUAGCCACUGGACAGAUACAGCAAAACAUGCAGUCGCAGAUGCAAAAUCAGUUACCAGGUCAGAUGGGCAGUCAAAUUGGAGGUCCGAUAGGUGGUAUACAGACCAGCAUGCCGCAGCAAAUGAAUCAAAUCGGCCCUGGACAGUUGCCUGGCCAGAUGCAGCAGCAAUUGAAUCACAUUCAAAGAAAACCAAAUGAAAUGAUGAAUGCUGGAUUUCCUGGCCCACGUAAUGUCACACCCAAUCAAUUCUUGAGACAGAGCCCGUCUCCUUCGGCUCCGAGUCCAGCCGGCUUGGGGGCACCAUCGAGCAAUCAGAUGGUGGCAUCUCCCGCGUUAGUGCCAUCGCCAAGCCCGCAGCAUGGCAUCAUGACGGGGCCGUCUCGUUCCGUGAAUUCCGUAGGUAUGGCACCGUCGCCAAGCAGUUCGUUGAACACCCCCGGAGGUGUAGGCGCCACACCAAGUCCUCAGCAGGAGGACCAGGCUUACAGGGACAAGGUCAGACAAUUGAGCAAGUACAUCGAGCCGUUGCGAAGAAUGAUCGCUAAGAUGAGCAGCGAAGGAAACGUCGACAAGCUCAGUAAGAUGAAGAAGCUCUUGGAGAUUCUGUCGAAUCCCAGUAAACGCAUGCCGCUGGACACACUGUUGAAGUGCGAGGUCGUUUUGGAGAAGUUGGAUUUCAAGAGGGGAGACAGUAGUGUCGGGUCGUCGGUACCGACGUUGAAGGAACACCAGAUCUUCAGUCCGCUGUUAGAAGCGGUGAGCGCGCAUCUCCAGAGCCCGGUGAUCAAUCACACGUUACAACGUACGUUCGGACCCUACCUGGGUGCUUUGUUCGCACCGGAGAUCAAGAAUUUACCGCCGCCGUUGAAGAAGCAGAAAAUCGAAGAACCACCUAGCGAGAUACCAGACGUAUUGCAAGGAGAGAUAGCCAGACUGGAUCAGCGAUUUAAAGUCAGUCUGGAUCCAGCGCAGCAGAACGGCUCGAAAUGCAUACAAUUGAUAUGCUGGCUCGACGACCGUCAUCUCCCCUGCGUCCCGCCUGUGUCCGUCACGGUUCCUGCGGAUUACCCCUUGACGCCGCCCCGUUGUGUCAUGGCGCCGCAUGAAUACGAGGCAACGACGUUCCUCUGUGCCGUACAGAAGGCUUUGAACGCCCGUAUCGCCAAACUUCCGCGUCGUUUCUCGCUCUCGCAGUUGUUGGAUACGUGGGAAAUGAGCGUGAGACAAGCCAGCGCGCCGACCCAAGUAACCGUCACUGCCAGUACAGUGCUGAUGGGUUUGUAGCGUCUCUGAGACGACAUCCC